UAUGGGACAUAUACUUCAUAUCACACUUGUGGAAAGACAAGCCCAUGUGGAGGUCAAGUGUGUCCCAUGUGGUGAUGUCUCUUGGGCUCCAUCAAAUAUUUUUAUAUCACUUCAAAUUAUCUUCUUCGUUUUAUAUCUCGGGUUCCAUCUUGAAUAAUUUAUCUGAUUUGUAAAUGGGCCGAACUGAGUUGGGCUUACUUGUACUGUUCAAAUAAUAUUGGAUUAGGAAAAAUCCCUAAUCCAUCACAUGCCCCCUAGUUUUGAGUCUGUCUCGGAGAACGAGACAGAUUCAAAACUAUAUGACUCGGUGGGUUGCCUCGUGGGACAGAAUUUUUCUUGGUGCCUCGGGAAGAAGACUUUUCUCAGGGAUUUGAGCCUCUUGGAAGAUGAUUUUCUCAGGGCUUAGUGCCUCUUGGAAGAGGACUUUCUCAAGGAUUUGUUCUUCUUGGAAGAAGACUUUUCUCAUGGAUUUGAGCUUCUUGGAAGAAGACUUUUUUCAAGGAUUUGUGCCUUUUGGAAGAGGACUUUUCUCGGGGAUUUGUGCCUCUUGGAAGAGGACUUUCUCAGGGCCUUGUGCCUCUUUGGAAGAGGACUUUCUCGAGACUUUGUGCCUUUUUGGAAUAGGACUUUCUCAGGACUUGGUGUCUCUUUUAAAGAGGACCUUCUUGGGACUUUGUGCCUCUUUGGAAGAGGACUUUCUUGGGACUUUGUGCCUCUUUAGAAGAGGACCUUCUCGGGACUUUGUGCCUCUUUAGAAGAGGACUUUCUUGGGACUUUGUGCCUCUUUAGAAGAUGACCUUCUCGAGACUUUGUGCCUCUUUAGAAGAGGACUUUCUUGGGAUUUUGUGCCUCUUUGGAAGAGGACUUGGUGCCUCGGGGAAGAGGACUUUUCUCGGAGAUUUUAUGCCUCUUGGAAGAGGACUUUUCUUUCUUUUUAGUUCCUCGGGAAGAGGACUCGGUGCCUCUUGGAAGAGGACUUUUCUCGGAGAUUCGUUGCCUCUGGGAAGAGGACUUUGCUCGGGGCUCUUUUUUCAAUAUUUUUUGGGAGCCUCUAAACCCCCACCUGAUAUCUAUUUGACGGUGGUUGGGCGCUCCGCUCUUAUUGAAUUAUAGACAAUCUCCGUCUACCUUUCUCUUCGUCCAUGUCCCUCCAAUUGAGGGGGGGCCUACUCUAAUCUCUUUCAUAGGAUUCCUUAUUUUUGGGUAGCUUGUUCCUAAUGGGCUGGGCUUCAGCCCAUCCUUAAGCCCCAAUCCUUUUCCUUUUCUUAUCUUUCCUCAAUCUCGGUACGGGAGUCUAUGACUAUCUCCAGUAAUCUGAUCACUUAACUUGAUCUAAUUACUGACCUCUGCUUUCUAUUCUUUUACAUUAUUACUUUUAUCAACUUAUACAACUCG